GUCAACACAACCUCCGCCUCCGCCCAGCCUCCUCUUCUCAAGCACUCCUCCUUCCCAUGGAGGAUGUAGAGCGCAGCCGUGACAGCGCCCCUGCAUGAGGCGACCUUGUCGACGGCGGCCGUGGAUCGAGGCCACAUGAGGUCAAGGCUGCACUUGGGCAUCGACUAAGCCGGCGACGGCGCCAAUAACAUCGAGCAUGGCCACAAUUUCUGUGAUAUAGUCUUGUUCUACCUGAUUUCAAUAGGAUUGACAAAUUUCAGUCAUUAUCGUUCAAAUUUUUGCCAUUUUUUGUUCCAAAUUUUAAAGUCUGGUUUACUCUUCGUCCGGAAUUCUCCUAAUUUUUUUCGAAAUGACGAAUUUCGCCCAUUUCGCUAAGGUCCGGUAAAAAACAGAAAACGAAAUCCAAAAUCUUUUUAUUUUAUUAUUUCUCCACCGCGAGCAGCUCAUUCUCUGCCUAAGAGACUUUUUCAUCUUUUCUUAAUUUCUUAUUUUAUUAUUUCUCCACUGCGCGUCGGCUCAGUCGCUUGCGCUUCCUCAUCUUCCUCAUCUUCCCCCUCUCUUGCAUUUGCAUUUGCUCCCCGUCGUUUGAGUUGCAUCGGGGUUUUUCCAUGGGGAGGUCGACUGACAGAUCCGAAGGUCUAGCCGAUCUCACCAGCGUCCUCCCGGAGGAUCUGCUUCUGGAGAUCCUCGAGCGUCUUGGCUCCGCCCGCGCCGCCGCGGGCACCAGCCUCCUCUCCCGCCGGUGGCGCGGUCUCUGGACCCGGCUCCCCAGCCUCACCCUCAGCUUCCACGACGUCCCGUUCGGCUCGAUCCAGACCGCGCGCCGCCGCGCCGCCGCUCGUCGACGCCCCGGUGUGUACAUCUACCACCUCAACAUACGCGUCGCCGACCAGGCCGGCACGAUCGGCGCCGGGAGGUUCUCCUCGCUGCUCUGGGACGCCGCGAGUCUCUCGCCGGUGGAGCUGCGCCUCACUCUCCCGCGGAACCUGCAAGUCUCCAGCAUGGAGGUGACACUGCCCACCUUCCACCGCGCCACCUCCAUGGAUCUGCGCGCGCGGGCCCUCCACUUAACCGUGUCCGCAAAGCCAUAUGCGGGCUAUGUCCCCUUCCGCUCGCUGGAGACUCUCCCUCUCGGGAUGCCACAUCGAUCUGGCCACCUUCAUCCCGUUCUGCCCGCGCCUGCGCGUGCUCCAGGUGAACACCACCGGUCUGAUAGACAUGAGCAACAUUACGGUCCACUCCGCGUCGCUGGAGGAGCUCGUCGUGGAGCACGGCAACCGAUGGACCCGCCGUACCCAUGUCAGCGUCGACUCCCCUGUGCUUAAGCAAUUGACAGCGUCCUUCCAUGCCUGUGGCAACAUUGGGGUGUCCAUCUUGGCACCAAUGGUGGACAAGGUCUGGUGGCGGUGCUCGUAUGCCAAGCCGAUUUACGGGCUUGGUCUUUGGGGCCUCUCAGAGGUGGGCUUGAACGCCGAAGAGACACAUGGACAGACCGACUCCGGGAGAGACGCCUGUGUGCAGCUCCCUAGCGUCCAUGUCCUGUCCCUACACAUAUCUGCAGUCCAAGAUUCAGUUAGCUUUCCAAAUGCAGAUCUCACCUUUGCGGCAGAGAUCGAUAAACAUAUGGUUACCAACUUCUCUGGUCUGGACCUACAUCUCAGCACCAAGGGCCAUGUGUUUGGAGCUUUUGUACAUGUUCAGCCAAUAAGUUCGAGGUACAUUUUUUUUAGAGGUUCGAGGUACAUUCUUUAAUUUCUUUCUGUAAUUCGCAUUCGUUUAGUUGGAAGAUGCAUGCCCAGUAAAUUGUCUCUGUGAUGAGCCUAAGAACUGGAGAACAGAAACUAUCACCUUGGCUGAUCUUGAGAACAUGGAAAUUGAAGGCGUCGGCGGGGAAGAUCACGAGUUUGAUUUCUUGAAAGUGAUAUUUAGAUGUGCUCCAAUGCUUAAACAGUGACUGUGAGGCUGACCGAUGGUGUCACUCCAAGUGUCGAUUGGUGCACAAAAGUAACCAACAUCUUCAUGGCAUAUCCUUCCGUCGAAUGCAAUGCUGAUCUGGUAAGCAGGGCCAAAGCAGUGUGUUGACAUGAUUAUCUGCGGAUUAAGGGUGCUCAUUAACAAGAUCGUCCUCUCCCACGCCGACCAACUACUAUCUGCUUUCAGGAUCUUGCUUAAUGGCUUCAAUCUAUGCUACCUCCUGUUGUUUUGCCACUGUAGUGGAGCUACAGACUUGAAGUGGUGCAGUCUCUGAUGUAAUUCCUAGCAUGGUUUCUAUUGCCUUCAAAUGUGGUACUGACUCCUUUUGGUCGGCUGGUCUGAAUAUUACUCCCUCCAUUCCAAAAUAGAUGACCCAACUUUGUACUAACUUCCCCCAACUUUGUACUAACAGUAUAAAAUUAGUACAAAGUUGGGUCAUCUAUUUUGAAACGAAGGGAGUAGAUUUUUAAGUAUCUCAAGUUCUCAACCAAUGUUGUCCAAGUGAUGUCAUGUUAAGUACU